AUUUCUUCAUCUUCGAUUCCUCUCUGCUUUUUCAUUACUAAAGUUUCGAUCUUUAAUGUCCCCAAGAUCCAGUACUAAUUUUGUUGACAAAGUUUAUACUUUUCAAAAUCGACUUUUGACUUUUUGAGAUCUGUUUUCUCUUCAAUUUCUCUGAUGAAUUAGGAAGAAAUCUGGUGAAAAAAAAUGGAAGGGAAUUUUCCACAAGGAGGUGUAGUUCGUGGUGGAGCUUCUUCUUAUGGUGGAUUUGAUUUACAAGGUUCUAUGAGAGUUCAACACCAAGAUUCCAUGAAUCAGCAGCAUCGACACAAUCCUAAUUCUAGACCACUUCAUGAAGGUCUUCCCUUUACUAUGGUUACAGGUCAAACCUGUGAUCAUCAUCAGAACAUGUCUAUGACUGAGCAACAUAAAGGUGAAAGAGAGAAGAAUUCAGUGAGUGAUGAUGAUGAGCCAAGUUUUACAGAGGAAGGUGGUGAUAAAUCAACUAAAGGAUCACCAUGGCAACGAGUGAAAUGGACUGAUAAGAUGGUGAAGUUGUUGAUUACUGCUGUUUCUUAUAUAGGCGAUGAUUCGACUAUGGACAGUGGUAGUAGAAGGAAGUUUGCUGUUUUGCAGAAGAAGGGGAAGUGGAAAUCUGUUUCUAAAGUUAUGGCUGAGAGGGGUUAUCAUGUUUCGCCGCAGCAAUGCGAGGAUAAGUUUAAUGAUUUGAAUAAGCGGUAUAAGAAGCUUAAUGAUAUGCUUGGUAGAGGAACUUCUUGUCAAGUUGUUGAGAAUCCUGCGCUUUUGGAUUCGAUUGGUUAUUUGAAUGAUAAAGAGAAGGAUGAUGUUAGGAAAAUCAUGAGUUCUAAACAUCUUUUCUAUGAAGAGAUGUGUUCGUACCAUAAUGGGAACAGAUUGCAUUUGCCUCAUGAUCUUGCUUUGCAGCGUUCUUUGCAGUUGGCGCUUAGAAAUAGAGAUGAUCAUGAUAAUGAUGACUCUAGGAAACAUCAUAUGGAGGAUCUUGAUGAUGAGGAUCAUGAUGGGGAUGGUGAUGAACAUGAUGAGUAUGAGGAGCAACAUUAUUCAUAUGGAGAGUGUAGGGGAAAUCAUUAUGGAGGUGGUGGUGGUCCUUUGAAGAAGAUAAGACAAAGUCAUAGCCAUGAAGAUGCAGACCAUCCGAGUCAUGUGAAUUCUCUGGAGUGUAAUAAAGUCUCUUUACCUCAAGUACCGUUUUCUCAAGCUGAUGUGAAUCAAGGUGGGGCAGAGAGUGGAAGAACAGCUUCGGUGCAGAAGCAGUGGAUUGAGUCGCGGACUCUGCAGUUAGAAGAGCAGAAGCUUCAGAUCCAAGUUGAAUUGCUGGAAUUGGAGAAACAGAGAUUCAGGUGGCAGAGGUUUAGUAAGAAAAGGGAUCAAGAACUCGAGAGAAUGAGGAUGGAGAAUGAAAGGAUGAAACUUGAGAAUGAUCGGAUGGGCUUGGAGUUGAAACAAAGGGAAUUGGGUGUUGAAUUAUAACGGAAAUGGCUUCACUUCUCUUGAUUGGUAUAUACCUUCGCUAAAUGAAGUCUCAUUUUCUGCUUUUGUAAGCUUGCUUUGUUUGGAAUGAUCUCGAGACUUUGAUGUGAGAGAUCAUUGUGGUUGCAUCAGUGAUGAAUUGUAGUAAUAUAAGUAGCUCUCUAAGGUUUGUUUCCACACAACCUUUCAGUAAUUAACUGGUUACCUUCAU